GGAAUCACUAGACCGAAGCGGCCGUCUCUCUCCGAGGACGAAUAUCUCCCUUCUUUCGAACAGAUCCUUCUGCCCGGAAUAGCCACCGGAGCUCCAGUGAGGCCGUCCCUGCAGGGACGCUUACGACAUAUAAUCAUUCACUCCCAACAAGGAACUGAGGUUGUUGUUUUCGUUCCGGAGGCUCCCAAUCGGACAUCUUCUCGGUUCGGCUAGGGCCAGGUCAUGGCAGACAGCGCUGCAGCGUCAUUGUUGGAGCAGCUGAGCAAGGCAUUUCUUGAACUCCAAGCCCGGAGGGAUGCUUCUUCUGGAGACCAGGUCCCGUGGAAGGAGAUUGAGGAGCAUUUCUGCAACCUCGACUCCACAUUCAAGGGGAAAUUUGCAGAGCUUGAGGCCAAGGAGAAGGAGCUCGAGCAGAAAGAAGCUGAAACGCGUUCGUUGAUUGCGGAGAGGAAGGCUGCUGUUGCUGCUAAAGAGCAGGAGAUGUUGGAUCGAGUGCAAGAGCUGAAAGAUGUUGCUGUUGCUGCAAUCUCAGCUGUCGCUUCCAUUUCAGCCAGUCACCAGCAAGCAAAUCCUGAACCAAUGAAUGAUGGUCAAGAAAGGGAAAAGGAGAAUAAGGUAAGCAGCUCUCUUAACGAUAAGAAUUCAAUGAAUAACUCGGAGGGUUUUCCAGAUGGAACUAUGGAAAAUCCACAAGGCGUGGCUAACAUUGUUAAGCCACGUCCCGAGUUGGUGCAAUUUUGCCAGCAGAUGGAUGCAGCAGGACUCCUGCAAUUUACCCUGGAGAAUGAGACUACUCUAGAUGAUAUAAGGGUGGAACUUUCUGUUGCCUUAGAAAGUGCUCUUGAACCGGCCCGUUUGGUGCUGGAAUUACUGGAGGGGUUUCACCUUCCUAAUGAGAGUGACCAACCUGAAAAUGAUCAGAGGGACAGUGCCCUUGAAGGCAUGUCUAGGUCACGUAUCAUAAUUCUUGAAGCUUUGGCCGCCUUUCUCGUGAGGGUCGAUGCAGGUCACAUUCUGAACACUGAAACGAAGCAGGAAGCUAAGGAAAUUGCCUGUGAGUGGAUACUUAGUUUGAAAGGCGCUGAAGAAGCUGCCAAUGGGAAUAACUCUUGGGGAGCUGAGGCCUUGUUGCAGCUCCUCGCAACCUUUAGGGUUGCUUCUGAGUUUGAUGAAGAUGAGCUCUGCAAGCUUGUCCUUGCAGCAGCUCACCACAGGCAGACUCCCGAGCUCUGCUGCUCCCUGGGGUUAACAGAGAAAAUGCCAGAUAUUAUUCAGCAACUUAUUAGCAGUGGGAGGCAAGUGGAUGCUGUUCGUUUUAUUCACGCAUUCCAGCUUACAGAAAGCUUUCCUCCAGUGCCCCUCCUGAAGACUUUCUUGAAGGACCUGAGGAGAAACUCUCAAGGAAAAGGUUCAUCAACAGCAGAAGGUGCUUCCAGUCCUCAGAUUGACAUAAAUGCACGGGAAUUGGCUGCCCUUAGGGCUGUGAUCGGCUGCGUGAGAGAGUUCAAUCUAGAGGCCAGCUACACGCUUGAUCCCCUCCAAAAGAGGCUCGAGCAACUGGAGAAGGCAAAACCUGACAAGAAACGGGGCGGGGUCGGAGACCCUAGUAAGAACCACUUCCAACCCUCCAAGAAAUCGAAGUCCAAGGGUGGAGGUGGGCCCCAUAAGUUCCGAGGUCCACAGGUUGGUGUGCCCGGCCACAGGAAGGGACCUCCAGCUUUUGCCCAGAGGACGGCUUUCAUGGGAAGGCACCCAAUCUCCAUCCCCCAUGAUUAUCCGAUUUCAGCGCAGUCUCGGUAUGCUCAACAGGGGUAUGAUCAUAGAGCGUACUAUCAUCCCCAAGGGAACAUAAUUUCAUCCACCCCGUACAAUCCUGCUGGAUCAUCCAAUUAUGGGAGUUAUAAUGCGAGUAGUUUGCAGAAUUCGUACCCAUACAUGUGAUUCGGAAGAACGAAUAGGGGUGUCAGAACUUAAACCAGAAACUGCCUGAGCUCAAGUAUUCUUUUCAUUGUCGAGAACUCUGAUUAGAUGCUCAUGUUUUCCUUCAAGUCAAAAUUAAAUUUGCUUAGCUGCUCUCUUA